CCUUUACUCCCUCUCUUUCAUCUCCUCAUGCUCACUCUUAUUCCGUCCUUCUCUCUCAUUCCCCCCUCUCUUUCAAUCUUCCCUCACUUUCGCUCCCCCAUUGCUUUCAUUCCCUCCUGCUGUCCCUCAUUACCUGAUACUGGAGUUGUGAGACCAAUUUAUUUUUGUACCGUUCAAAUCACUUUAUUAGCCUUGUCCAGGAAUUUUUCUCAAUUUAGGUUCUUAAAGACAAAGGAGUUUCUGUGAGACUAACAGCAGCGAUGAACCAGAAGAUUGUCCUCAUCACAGGUUGCUCCUCAGGCAUCGGCCUGGCCCUGGCUGUACGCAUAGCCAAGGAUGAAAAGAAGAGGUUCAUUGUGUAUGCCACAAUGAGGAACCUGGGUAAGGCAGAGGCACUCGUGGAGGCGGCAGGCAGGACUCUGGGCAGGACCCUGGUGAUUAAACAACUGGAUGUAUGCAAUGAAGACUCCAUCAAGGCCUGUGUGGCCAGCCUACCGGAUGGCAAGCUAGACAUACUCAUCAGCAAUGCUGGGAUGGGUCUGGUAGGCCCCAUAGAGUGUCAGUCUAUGGAGGAGAUGAAGGCUGUCAUGGAUACCAACUUCUUUGGUCUAGUGAGACUCCUCAAAGAGAUCCUACCAGACAUGAAGAAGAGGAAGAGUGGCCAUAUUGUUGUGAUCAGCAGUGUCAUGGGCAUACAGGGUAUAUUAUUCAACGAUAUCUACGCAGCAUCCAAGUUUGCUGUGGAGGGUUUCUGUGAAAGCAUGGCCGUCCAAGCCAUGAGGUUUAAUCUGAAUAUAAGUUUGAUUGAGCCAGGCCCUGUGGUGACGGAGUUUGAGCAUAAGGUCUAUGAAGAGGGCAUGAAGACAGACCUCUCCAAAGCUGACAAAGUGACAGCAGAUAUGUUUACCAACAUCUAUAUGAAGAACUUCAAGCAGAUCUAUGAAAGCCUUGGACAGACACCUGAGGACAUAGCAGAGCACACACACAAGAUCAUCACCAUGGACAACCCUCCAUUCCGGCACCAGACCAACACCUUGUACACCCCCAUGACCACCCUGAAGUAUGCUGAUCCAAGCGGAGACCUUCCCAUCGACACCUUCUACAAGAUGGUGUUUGAGCACGACAAGGUCUUCAAUGCCAGCCUCAACUUCCUCAAGCUGCUACGCUGGAGGACCCGCAAGAGCUUCGCUAUAGAUAAGGACAAGAGCAAUUCUUAGGA